AUGGCUGUAACUUGCAACACAACGUUUUCUUGGAGUAUUUUUGAUUACGAAACAGAAACGACUUGUUCUCCGACCGAUGAACAUUAUCUUGAUCGUCUAUUCUUUGCGGUUGAGUCGCAUGACUUACUGGCUAUCAAGUUUUUUUCCAAUGAACAAUUACGAAAUCUAUGUCGUGUUCGUCGAUUUUUCGAUUCGGAAUGGGCAGCACCGGCGAAAGAGCAGCAAACUGCCUACCAACGUGCUUGUUUACUUGGGUACACAAACAUUGUACAGUAUAUGUUAGACGCAGGUGUUCGAAUUGAUCAAUUAUUCUCAUCUGCCAAUACUUCAAAUGUUGAACGAGGUGCAUUUAUGUUUGCUUGCCAUUCGGAUUCCUUGCCUACCGUUCGAUUGCUGUUACAAGCGCUCUCGAAUGAUUAUAUUGAACAUUAUAAAUCGAGGAACAGAACAGCUCUGUGUUCUACUUCCUUUGCAAGACAAUACUUAAUUCCAGCAAGAAGUGAAACCGAAGCACUAGUUUCUGGAGAAAAUGAUUUGGAACGUGUCUUUCCUAUUCAUUUUGCUAUUGCUCGAAAUGAUCUGGAGUUAACACGUCUGCUCGUCACAGGAGCUAAUGGAGAAUUAGACACAAUCAACGAUUGGGAACCUCUUCGACAUGGAGGAUUCACUCCUUUGCAUAUUGCUUGUUUAUUCAAUCGACCAUUAUCCAUGAUCAAAUUGUUGCUUUUUUUUAGUAGAGUCACUGUUAAUCCUAUACUUCAAACAAGUAAUCAAGGAACAUUUGCUGAUCAAAUGACAACAGUUCAAGAAGUGACUGAAUAUAUUCGACCAAAACGGGUGACUAUUUUGGACGAACAGGAAAAGCAACGUUUGAAGGAAUUGGAGGAAAUGCAAUCGGGAAGACCUUAUCAAAUCACGAUUAAACCGCUUUCGGGUCAGACACUCACACUCACUGUCAAUGGAAAUAUGACGGUAGAGGAGCUCGGAGUACAAAUUGAAAAUCAUUGGGGUGUUUCAUCUGACCGACAAAAGCUAUUUUUCUUGGGUAGACCCAUAUACACCGCGCCUAUUUCGGGUUUUGAUGUAUCAUUAACUCUCACUCACUACAACAUCAAAAAGGAUUCACUUCUCCAUAUCAUAUAUCACAAUCCAAAAUAG